AGCUACGUAUUUCAAAAAGGAGACAGCGGGAGCCGCGGAAGCUUUUUGCGGUUUUGCCAUUUUGCCUCAAAUCGCCGCAUGACUGUUUGUUUUGGUGCGGAGUGAAGCCGAAGAGCCAAGCGGAUGGUUGUUCAUUCUGCCAGUCAAAUGGCUUGGGCGUCUAUUCAAUGCACUCGACGUCAGCUCAAUUUAGAUAUCACUCUACGUUGCGGGCAGUCUUUCAGGUGGAAGAAAAAUGAUGAAGGCGAGUGGCUGAGUACCUUUGCUAACAAGGUGUGGGUCCUCAAGCAAGAUUUGGAAGGAAACAUUCUCUACAAGGUCCUUGAUGGCAAUGGUACUGCUACAUCAAGUUGUAAUGAUGGCCUAUCCUUAGCAAAGGGAGCUAACAGAAAAAGGAAAGCCAAGAACGGCUUGUCUGAAAGUCAAGCUGAAUGUCAGUUAGACGACCAUGGACAUUUGCUCAGAGACUACUUUCAAAUGAAUGUGGACCUUGAGAAGUUGUACAAGCAGUGGUCUGCGGCAGACGAAAUCUUUAGGGACGUCGCAGUUGCUCUACCAGGAGUCAGGAUUCUUAGGCAGGACCCCUUUGAGGCACUCGUGGCAUUCAUCUGUUCGUCUAACAACAAUAUCACCAGAAUCAGCUCUAUGGUGAACAAGCUCUGUGAGAUGUAUGGCACCCAUUUGCUCAGCAGCAGCACUGGCAGCUUUUAUGCCUUUCCCACAGCAGAGCAGCUGGACAGAGACAGCGUGGAGCCGGAGCUGAAGGCAGCUGGGUUCGGGUACCGUGCUCGCUAUGUGCGAGCAGCAGCCAGGGCCCUUUCCCAGCAAGACCCCCUUUGGCUGGCUUCUCUCCGUGAGGCAUCCUACCCUGAGGCACACAGUCAGCUGCUCCAGCUGCCUGGUGUGGGCCCAAAGGUGGCCGACUGCGUGUGCCUGAUGGCCCUCGACAAAGCCGACGUGGUGCCUGUGGACGUCCAUGUCUGGAAGCUGGCCGUGCGCCACUAUCUACCGCACCUGUCCAAACACAAAAACCUAACAACCACGGCCUAUAGAGAAAUUGGGAGCUUCUUCAAAGAGCGGUUUGGCCCUUAUGCUGGCUGGGCACACUCGGUUUUGUUUACGUCGGACCUGAAAGAACACUCGAAACAACCCGGACGUGCGUCUGCAAAGUGCCCAGCUAUGUAAUUGGGGUUCAAUACAUAGGACAAGCUUCCUCAA